CCUCGGACAAAGGACCUGCCUUUGUUGAAGAUUGUUAGGAGCAUAGUCAAUCAUUGAGAUGCAUUUCUCUUUACCAAAUACCAUGGCUGCAUUCAGUUAUGCUAUCUCUUUGUCUACUCACUAUCUUCACAUUGGUAUCUCCAACGAACAUUAAUCAUCAUGAUUCACAGGCAAUUUCGAGCAAGAAAACCACCCGACUUGUGUCCCAAGCUUCACUUUGGCAGUUCUCAAGCCUCAUCUCCAUCAGAAAAGAAAGCACGAUCCACUUCCUAGAUACCAUGGCUACUUGUGGGCAUGAAGAGUGUUUCGUUGCCACUCCCCCGACUUUGGCAUUCAUGCUCGAAAACUUCCCUGUAGUUACACUAGAUCCGACCAUCGACCACUCGAUUCCGCGAUGCAGACUUUGCGACCUCAUUGCAGCAAGAGCACGAGAAACGGCCGCGGUGUACCCUCCUCCAACAUACUCAAGCGCCAUUGAGAGGCUCCAGAACCAUAUUGCGUCGACGGAGCAGAUGAUUGGUGAAGGUAUUCGGAAAGAAGAACUAGAGGCUACCUUGCCCUCGAUGAAACAAAUGUUGGCAGAUGAGAUUUGGGCUACGGAGUUGAGGAUGCUGGAGGCAUGGAAGGGGCAUUGGGCAAUUUGGGGACAUGGGGAAGGACCUGAGAUGCCUGAUGAGUAUGUGCUUGUUGAGGAAGAAGAGCCAGAGAAUGUCGUGGAAGAGAAACCUAAGUCUUUUGCGGGGAGGAAACGUAAGGCUCCCAUGAAUAUCAAGGGGAGAGCUCUUGCCAAAAAGGCUAAACGGGCCUGAUCGAAAGUUGGAGUUGUAUGGGUAGUGUUGAAUGUCCCGAUUAUUCCGAUUGUUCCUGGUAGAGCGGGUCAAUCUGUAUAGCAACUAAUGCCAGACUUUACAUUGACCGGACACCUCCUUUAAUUUUGAUGAUGAUCAGUGAAACCGGAU